AUGGCUCUGUAUAAACUCGCUCUCUUUACCGGCCUUUUGGCUACAUUCCACGCUGUGGAAAGCAAACUGAAUCUCAACAGCCAGUCCAAUCUUGCGGUCUACUGGGGUAUGCCCUUCACAACCCUAUACGCAGCAGCGGCUGGCAUACUACUGUCAAAGUACGUUCCCCCCGCCGUAAAAACUGAUUUCCUGCUCACUUCAUGUUCCGACACCGACAUCGAUGUCUACCAACUCGCCUUUGUCACCCGAAUCAACGGUAUCGGCGGCGUCCCGGAAGUCAACUUCGCCAAUGCAGGCGACAACUGCACCACUUUUGACGGGACAAACCUCCUUCACUGUCCUGAGAUAGAAGAAGAUAUCAAAAAAUGCCAAUCCCUCGGCAAAACCAUCCUCCUCUCCCUCGGCGGCGCCACCUACACUGAAGGCGGCUUCACUUCCUCGUCCGCCGCCGUGGCCGGCGCCAACACUCUCUGGGCGACCUUCGGCCCUGUCUCUUCUUCGUCCUCCACCCCCCGCCCCUUCGGCACCGCCGUCGUCGACGGCUUCGACCUCGACUUCGAAUCCACCGUCUCCAACAUGCCCGUCUUCGCCAACCAGCUCCGCACCCUCUACGCCGCCGACCCAUCUAAACAAUACUUCCUCACCGCGGCCCCGCAGUGCCCCUACCCGGACGCUGCAGACGGACCCAUGCUCGACGGCGCCGUCGCCUUCGACGCCAUCUGGAUCCAGUUCUACAACAACUACUGCGGCCUGCAGGCGUUCGUCCCCGGCGCCAGCUCGCAGGACCAGUUCAACUACGCCACCUGGGACUACUGGGCGAAGAACGUCUCGAAGAACCCCACCGUCAGGAUCUUCGUCGGCGCUCCGGGCAGCGCCACCGCCGCGGGGAGCGGGUACGUACCUGCCUCGACGCUGCAGGGCAUCGUCGCCUAUGCGAAGGGCUUUGCCUCGUUCGGCGGCGUCAUGGUCUGGGAUGCGAGCCAGGCGGUGGCCAAUUCGGGCUUUCUGGAUGGGGUGAGGGCCGCGCUGGGAAACCCCGCUUCUUCUUCUUCAACGACGACGACGACGACGACGACGACGAAGACUACUGACGCUUCUACCUCAACUACCAGAUCCACGUCGACGACAACGAGUCCGAAAACGACAACAUCGACGAGUAGUGGCAUGACCACCACCACCAAGAGCACGACUACGACCACGACCACCACCCCGACCUCGACCUCGACCUCCUGUCCCGUCGCUGGGGGCCAGUGCUCGUCCGGCUCGAGCGCCUGCAGCGGCACCGCCUUCGCGCUCUGCGACAACGGCCGCUGGGUGCUGCAGUCCUGCGCCGCGGGUCUGGUGUGUCUGCGGGACAACGGCGGGGUGUACUGCGGGUAUGCCAGUGCCAGCUCCGGGUCCGGGUCCGGGUCCGCGACCUCCUGUUCCUAG